GAGACGCCAUUCACCAGUGCUGGCUCGACGUGGCCGAGUUUUGUCGUCCUGCAUUCUCAAGUGACUUUCAUUUCUCUCUCUACAACCUGGCGGAGUUGCCGAACAGCAGCGUCGACAUGCUGGAACCGGAACCGGCUGCUGCGGUCAAUCUGCGUCGCGGCUCGAGCUUGAGGCUACCAUCGACCAGCUCUACCGAAGAGAACGAGUUGGGUGGUCUCCGUCGCAGCGGCUCCCUAAGCAUACCGCGGACGAGCGGGGCUCGUGAUGUCGCCGCGCGGGAGCAAGCGCAUCUGACGAGUGCGAGGUCGUCGCCGUCGUCAACGUCGUCGUCGUCGACGUCCUCCUCGGACAGAUGCGCGGACUGCAGCAGCAGCAACAGAUCGUUCCGGUCAGCGAGGCGCUACACACCUGCCGCUGUGAGCGACGCACCUGCGCCGGAGUACCUCGCGAGAAGUCUCCUGCAACUUGGAUGUCCUGUUGUGUCAAUGCCCACACCUCGUGGCGGUGUCGGGUCGGAGCAACCGCCGAGCAGCGACAGCGAUGAUUCCACCAUCCAUCAGCAGCAUCAAGGUCACGCUCACAGUGGCCAUGGACAAAAUCUCGACAGUUACGCCGUGCCAAAAGUCCAGGUGUCGAGCCCACCUAACGCCGAUGAAUCCGCUUCCAUCAUCAAUGGGUCUGCGGGGUCCAUAAGUGCGCGCUCGGCACCCAGCACACCCUUGCAAGCUGCCCCCGAUGCGCCGCAGGCCGCGGGGCAACAAUCGAUCAGCGGGUCCCAGCUCACCGUGGCUGGCGCCAAUUAUCCUCAACCUCCGAGGAGUCCCAGUCAUUCAGCGGCCUUGAAAUGUAACGACAGUCACCUUUCGAAGCCGCUAAGCAGGAGUACACCAUCGAUGGCAGCUGGCGGUGCACAGACUCCAGCAAAGGUUAGCAGAUCCUCGUCGAGGUCGUCGCCUAGUAGUGCAAGACAGAAGAAAUUCCACAGGCAUUUCAGUCAGUCUUCGGUACUUCGAUAUCAGGUCGCCGAGGACGAGCGUGUGCUUAACUACUACAGCUGCGCAUUGGUGGGCGACAUCCUGCUGCAGGGUCACUUGUACAUCACGCCCAACUACUUCGCCUUCUACAGCAACGUGUUCGGCUACGUGACGAAGCUGUUGAUACCGACGGUGUCGGUGCUGAAGAUCAGCAAGGAGAAGACGGCGCGUAUAAUACCGAACGCGGUAGCGGUGGCCACUGAGGAGGAGCGCCACGUAUUCUGUUCACUGUUGUCGCGCGACUCGACCUACAAGCUGAUGAAGCAAGUCUGGGACGCGGCGAUGGAGCCGCAAACGACGGAGGUCGACGGCGACGGCGACGCCUUGCCUGCGCUCGACAGCGACGCUAAACUCCCGGACGCGCUGCUGGUCGACGACUCCGAGGUGAACGCCGAGGAAGACGAGUCAAGCAUGUCCGAGAGUGGCACUGAUCUCACGGUGGCCUCGCCGAUCGCCUGCACUGACACCGACGGCGCGCCCGUGGCUCUUAGCAGGCCGAGCUUAACACCGGCCAGGCUGGAGACAGCAGUAUUAGCGAAGCCGCUAACAUCGAGCAGAUCUAGCAAGUUGGGAUCUCUAUUUGCCAGCAGAUUGAAGCCUAGCCUGAUAGUGAUAUUGGUGGUUUUCUUGGCACUUCUUUACGUGUCGGCAGCUCUAAUGAUGAUGCGUAUCGACAGGCUACAUACCGCUUACCUCAACCACCCCCUCGUCUCGCCGGAACGCUUGACGCAAGAUCGGCUAUUGCAUUAUCUUAAUACGAACCUGGAUCAAAUAGUGAAGGUGCGGCAGAGUCUUCAGAUACUAUCGCAGCAGUUCGUUACGAUGAGCCAGGGUGGUAGCGAGACGGGGCCGACCGCCGGCGGCGGCGUGGUGGAACCGGAAGACGCGCCGAGUUAGCCCCCAACGACGACGCGACGAAGCAUCAAUUCAAUUAAGCCAGAAAAUAGCACGGGGUCCCGUUACCUCGUCGGCGCGCGCGGUGUCACUUCGUGAACGAACGAUGGCAUUGCCUUCGUCAUCAUUAUCUUCGUCAUCGCCGCGCUGUUUAUCGGCGACCGCGAGGGCGAUCCUCCGCGAGAUUCUCUCGCUAAUAGGCGUUGAUUAUCGUCGUAGCACCUGGAACGUGUCAUGGGAGUUCCAAGGGGAGUUUACAGAGUGAGAAAGAGAGCGAGAGGAGGAGAAGGAGGCAGUCGUCUCGUAAAACGAGAAGCCUGGAGACGAACCCCGAGCACUAGCAUUUUGAGCGAAAUCUCGAGCGUCCGCGCAAACAGCCGAGUUAAGAUUAAGCGCCUGCAGAUUACGGGCGCUACUUUGGUGCACACACACACACACCUACACAAAUACACGCAUACACACAUACGUAUACGUAAAUGUACUUCCAACACGAGGAGCAACGAGGAUGCGUGCGCGAGGAUCUUGAGCUACGAGGUUUCCGCUCUCUUUCCCCCCCUUUUUUUUCUUUGUUUCAAACUAGUCACGUGUGUACCUAAGCUCUGGGGGUACGACAAAGGAAGCAAAUGAACAAAAUUAUAUAUGUAUAUAGCAUAUAAAGAUAUCUAUACAUACAGAUAUAUAGAUUAACAGUGCGUAUUUCGCGACUACUUGUCCGUUAAUUAUGUAUCUCGCGCGAGCUAGUCGGGCACUAUUCUAUCUCACCGCUGCUAUAUACCAAAAGAUCGAGACGUUGUUAUAUAUAUAUAAAUAUAUAUACAUUUGUAUAUUUAUAUAUAUAACAUCAUAAUUGGUAAUCUUAUCUCGAUAGAACGCGCGUUACGCGCGCCGAGCGACGUUACCUCAAAGACGAUGAGUAUCGCGAUCGACACAAUAGAGACGUUCGCUUUCCUUAUCCGCCAUUAGCUCUUUCAGUACCUGCCUUAAACCUGCAUUUAAUAACGAGUAACAAGUUUAAUACGAAUAUUAUCUAUACCUUUCUUCUUCCGCGAUAUCGAUUUUUGGGAACCUCGGUAAAAUAUGUUUUUUUAAUAUUUUUUUCCUUUGCUACCGUUCGACCACGCUGAAGGAAAGUACGCUAUUGGUGGAGGCGAUAUCUGUAUUUGCAGUGGUCCGUGUUAAAGACGACUAAACUACGAAUGUAAAUAUUAAAGCGAUCGAAGGGAGAAAGAUGAUGCGACUUUUUUUAAAAAAUCGAAGAUUCGUAGGCGAAAUGUAAAAAUCUAUCCUUUAGAUUUCCAUGUUUAGUUUUGUAAUGUUUUAAAUUUAUUCGACAUUGUUUGUUCUCAAAGCGAUAAUUUAUUUAAUUUCAUUGAUUAUUGAUUUUUGCAUCAUUUUAACAUUACAAUUUGUAUAUAAAUUUUCAUUUUUAUAGCGUCAUUAAUUGUAUUCUAUAUAGCGUAUAAUUUCUCUAGGUUUUUCUCAGAUUAUAGCGUCAAAUUAAAUUGUAGAUAAAUUGAAGAGAUUUUUAGAUACAUUUAAAUUAGAAGAAAAAAAUAAACGAAGACGCCUAAAUAUUAGCAUUUGCAUAUUUGUAUCCUGCGACGCGCGCGAAAGAUAUUUACUUAACUUAACGAGUUAAGUGUUAGACGAUAUUGGCGAAUGUCUGCUGUAAAAGUGAACCAAAUUAAUAAGCAGACGACGGCGAGGUCCCUAUAUCAAACUCGGUACUGAAAGAGUUAAACUAUGUAGCUCGGAUAGACCUGAACAUACGAAAGAAUUCGCGUUCUCUUGUACGCGACUGUUCCUACUACUCUCUCGUUUGUUUCUGGAAAUACGACGACGGCGCGUAAUUUCUCGAUUCAAGGCGAUCACGCCACUUGUCUGUCUCGAAAACAACUUGAUAAUGUUUGGAAAAUUAUUAAAGAUUUAAAAACACUAUCAUGAAUGAAUCUUUCUAUAAUUUGCCAAUUUUAUUCAAAAGUUUCAUUUAUACAGCUUAGGAGAAGAGAAUAUAUUAUAAUUUUAAAAUAAUUUCUUUUUACGUUGAGAGAAAUGUAUUUUAUAAAUUAUAAAAACUGAUAAAGAAGAUCGCCUUAAAAGCUCGCUUACUUUCGAGACAAAGGCAGGCGCGCGUGAAAGUGCUCGCGAAAUAUUUUAUUUGCUCGAACAAAUUCCGAGAUCGUUGCACUUUCCGGCGGAACGAGGAAUGUUCGAAGAACAAGAAUAAAAAAAAGAGGCGUUAUUAUAUUUGCGGUUAUAAUAUAGGAGAUGAGAGAAAGGUGGAGGUUGACUGUGAUAAUAGGGUCGUGGAUGCACGCUCGCAGAGGUAUGAUCGCGUUUACCCCUUUGCUGCGCGAAUCUUUGUUUUCAUAAAAGGGAAGAAAAGAAAAUGUUACCUCUAAAAAAAGAAAAAAAACACGAUUUAUGCAAUAUAUGACAUGGAAGGCAGUAAAGGGAACAUUUAUGGGUUUUCCUACACGUGAGGAAACGAGCAAUCGAUGAACGCGAUCAUUCUCCCUCGAGCUCAAUAUGGGAUCUAAGAGAAGUGCUGUUACAUUAAUUAGCUAUAUUUAUAAAAAGAUGCGAAGAGGGGAAAAGAAGGAGAGAGAGAAAGAAAGAGAGAGAGAAAAUUCCCUUAAAUGUUGUUUUUUUCUACGUUGGUAUAUCGUUUAAUUAGUUGUACUGGUGGGAUAUACAAAUCGUAUUGCGGCAUUACUUUAAGUUUUGAUCACUUUUAUUGGAUAUUACCAAUAUUGUUACGUUUCUAUUAUCGAUUGAUUGAACGCGUUGCAACAUUUAUGACAUUAUGGCAUUAUUGUGCAAGCGAGAAACAAGGCGAGCUAUGAACGUACAUACGAUCGAGUUAAAACUUAUUUAUUUCGCGUCGGUUUUUCUCGGUAAAUCAUGGAAACAUGCAACAGAAUAAGCGGUAUUAUAUUAUAUACACGACGCGAAGCGAUCUGGCCGUAGAAGUAGACGCAUGACCCGGCGUAUGUCGCUGCUAAUGACUCGUUAAGAGACGGAAGUGUUCUGAGACGCGCUAGAAAACGCGAGCACGUGCACGAAAAGCAGACUUGCGAAUCACUACAUCGCUGAAAUCUGAAGCAAGAUUUUGUCUGAUCUAUUGUACGAAGAAUGUCAAACGAUUGUCGUUAUCGAAUGAAAUGAAUCUUUGGAAUCUACAAACGAUCCUUCGAUCAAUAUCGUGUACUUGGACAAUACGCGGAGAGAUUGCGGUGGAAAUCAAUUUUCAGAAUCGUCUUGUUCGGGAAUUCAUUUGAUUCUCCGGAUGAUAAAAUCUAAUGAAAUUAAUAAAACAUUUCCAAUGUAUAACGCAAAUCAGCAAAAAUUGAUAAAUUAUCUCUUACUUGUAAGAGAGAAAACAUUAAGAAUACUCGAUGGCGAAUAAAUACCACGGAAUUGAAAUCUCAAUCUUUUUAAUUAAACAUUAAGUUUUCAAUUUUCGAAGGUAAAAGUUCGUCAGUUCUUUUUAUCAAUUAUUAUUUAUCAAAUUUCUGCAGAAUUUGCGGUAUCAUGAGGAGAUUAAAUUCUAGCAGAGAUCAUUUUAUGAUAUAGAAAUAUAUUUUGGAAUAUUAUAUUAAAAAAGAAAAUCUAGUGUGAUUUUUAAUGAAAGAGAGGAAAGUCAAAAAGAGUAAGUUUAAAGAUCAUUAUUUUAAUAAUCAAAUGUUUGUGACUUAAUCAACUUUUCUUUACGUGACGGAGAUUGAAUUUGCUGGCGCAAUCUCAUGCUGGAAAUUAAUGGCGAUCGGUUUUGAGAGAAAUUCUGAAAUAGUGUCGAGACACUCGCGACAAAUGCAGCCAAUAAAUGCAACAGCCAAGUUUUGUGCCAAAUUUGGUAGAAAUUGGGUGAAAAUUCCUUAAUGAAGACAUUCUUGCUCUUGUCGAUUAUCGUGCGCUCGUACAGCUUUUCCGUCACAUUAGGGAGUCGAUGUUUAAGAAAAUCUGGUAACUAGAAAAACGUUACGUCGAAUCAAAUUAAGAAUUGUUUGCACAACGGAAUGAAAUUAUUCACCGAAGUACCGAUCAAUGAUUUGUGAUUAUUUGCAAGAAAUAGUAUUUUCGGCAAAAUCCACACGCGAUUCACAUCAAGUAAGACGAAUAAUUUUUUGCUAACAAAAAUUAAUGUAGUUUUAGUUGAAAAAGUGAUUAAAAUAUUAAAAAGAGUUAAAGAGAGUUAAAUAUAAAAUAACAAAAAAAUUUAUAGAAAAUGUAUUUUAUUAGAUGAUAAUAUCAAUUUUUCGAAAUUAAAGUUUGGUUUUAAGAUAUUUAAUAUCGUAAAACUAAUAUUUGUUGAUCUAGUUUUGCGACUUGUGAUUUUAGAGAUCUUCGUUUCUUUUUUAUUCACAAUUUUGUCAAUUUUUUGUAGAUUUUGUAGAUCACAAUUUAAUGAUCGAUAUUAUCGAUGGUAAGAUGGGCAGAGUUUUCUCAUGAAUAACGCAAUUCAUAGAGACUGAGGGGAACCGUAAGGGAUGAUGAUUUUUAUGAGAAAAAUAUGAAACAUACAUGAUCCCCGAUCCGGAAAUUACCCGAAUGUUGCGUUAGUUUAAUUGUACAAUUUGUAGUCGAUAGUACUCAUUCCUCGUUCUUAUUUACGUACGACUGCUACUUGCCUUACCGUAAUGUUUUUAGACAUUUUAGAUGGGUGCUCAAUACACAUGGUCCGUUUAUUUAAGGGUACACGAGUAUAUAUGUACUGUGAAAUUAAUGUUGGAUGAGCGCGCUUCGUAUAUCGCGUUAAACGCGAUUAAAGGUCUUACUCGGCAAAUUAAAUUGUAAAAUGAAAUAAAAAUGUUGAAAG